CGAUCGUGCAACGAUAUAUAUACCACCUGCCACCCCUUCUUCUCCUCUCCACCCCCCUCUCUGCUUCCCUCCACACUGCCUCGCCAACCAACCACCGCUACACACGAGGCGGCGCGUGGCCGGAGAGCGAGAAAAGGCGACGUACCCAUCGAUAGCGAGAAAUUAAGUUGCCGGAGAGGAGGAGGAUGACGAUGAGGUUGGCGGCGGCGGUGGUGGUGAUGGUGGUGGUGGCGGCGGCGGCGAUGUCGGUGGAGGCGGAGCUGAGCGUGGAUUACUACAAGAAGAGUUGUCCCGGAGUGGAGAACGUGGUGAGGUACCAUGUCGCCAAGGCGCUCAAGGCGAAUCGCAAGGAAGGCGCCGCCCUCGUCCGCCUCAUCUUCCACGACUGCUUCGUCAGGGGGUGCGACGCGUCGGUGCUGCUGGACCCGACGGCGGAGAACCCGCACACGGAGAAGACGGCGCCGAUCAACAUCGGCCUCGCCGCGUUCGAGCUCAUCGACGAGAUCAAGGCGGCGGUGGAGGAGCGGUGCCCGGGCGUGGUCUCCUGCGCCGACAUCGUCAUCUACGCCGCCCGCGACGCCUCCAUCCUCCUCAGCAACGGCCACGUCCACUUCGACGUCCUCGCCGGCCGCCUCGACGGCCGCGUCUCCCGCGCCGCCGACGCCCAGCGCGACCUCCCGGACUCCACCUUCACCAUCUCCGAGCUCAUCCGCAACUUCCGCCGCAAGAACUUCACCAUCGAGGAGCUCGUCAUCCUCUCCGGCGCCCACGCCGUCGGCGUCGGCCACUGCUCCUCCCUCCGCGCCCGCCUCACCGCGCCACCCGAGCAGAUCCUCCCGGGAUACCGCAGCCUCCUCGCCGGCAAGUGCGCCGCCGGCGAGGACCCGAUCGUGCCCAACAACGUCCGCGACGAGGACCCCGCCGCCGUCGCCGCCACCAUCCCGUCCUUCCUCCCGAAGCUGAGGAAGUUCGAGUUCUUGGACAACAGCUACUACCACAACAACCUCGCGAGGAUCGUCACCUUCAACUCCGAUUGGCAGCUGCUCACGGAGAAGAAGGCGCGCGGCCAUGUCCACGAGUACGCCGACAAUGGCACGCUCUGGGACGAGGAUUUCUCCGACGCGCUCGUCAAGCUCAGCAAGCUGCCAUUGCCGCCCAAGGCCAAGGGCGAGAUCCGCCGCCAUUGCCGCCGCGUCAACACCCACCACUACUGAUUCUUCAUCCUCAUCAUCCCAACAUCAAGCCUUCCAUCUUGAGCUCUCAUCUGCAUCCUCAUUUUCAAUAAUUCUUUGUUUCAUUAUUCGCAUGGUUGGUUCAUCAUCGUCGUUUAAUUUUGUGUAUCUUGUUCUUUUUUUUGAUUUGUUGGUGCUCGUCGAUCUCGUGUUGAAUUGGUUUAAUUUUGUGUUGAAUUCUACGCGCAUGUGUAUGUGAGAACACCAGUACAGCGAGAAUUCAUGGUGUAUAGUAGCUUUUGUGUUGUUGCAUUCUCUGUCUAUUGGUGUCAAAAAGAAAGAAAGUUAAUUAGUUGUUGUUUUUUUUUUUGGUAUGGUUUGGAUUGGAUUUGUAUUCAUCCAUCCAAAACUUUCUCCAUUUUCAUGUAAUAAGGAGGGAUUACAGAAAGAUCGAUAUAUGGCACUGGCCACUUCAAUUAUGUUCCA